AUGCGAUUUGAGGUGCAGCCAUCCAAAAUCGUCACCGAUGGGCGUUCAUCCAAGACCAAGAACAUCCGUUCGCCGGCGACUAUAAAAGCUGCGAGCCCCUUGAAAAAGUGGCCAAACAAAAUGCAAGUGCUUAAUGUAAAAUUGCUUAUUGUGCCUGUGGUUUUUGCGGCUUUAGUACGUGGCCAUGCGGUGGAGAAAGAGCAGACGUCCGGACACGCCUAUGGACCACCCAUACACAUUAGCUCGGGCGUUCUUCAACUGGCUCCGGAUACGGAACAGCCUCAUCUGCUGCUGGUACCCAGCUCGUACUCCUCGCCACUGGGAAAUCCCUGGCCGCAUUUCUAUGUGGACACCUUGAUGGCUUCACACCUGCCGCAUUCAGUGAUUCCAUCGAUUGCAUCCAUACCUGCGAUACCUUCAAUACCUUCAAUACCUUCAGUUCACGAACCCCGCAUCGUGGUCAAUGAUAAUGUGGACUUUUCGCAACUCAAAUUGCCCCAGCAUCAAGUUGUCCACUCCCACGGUCGCUAAAUGGGUUCAUCGCAAAGCGAUUGACAAACUAUCAUAAAUAACUGCUUUUCAGCG